UUCUCCUUACAGGGGUGAUAGGAAUCACAACAUGAAGAAUAAUGUUCCUUACUACUAUGAACCAAGUCAAGAGUUUAGAGACUGGCCACAUGACAAACAUUGUCGAAGCAAUGAGGCCUACAUUAGUUGUGACGUUACUGCUUAUACUUUUCUUCAUAGGAAAAGAUGUAAAUGGUGAUAUGGUCAGUAUGAAGAUAGUCGAUGAGCCAUCAAGCUAUGGUUUAAGCAACAGUUUUGGUGGCCUGUACCAGUCUCCAGAAGAUAAACUGCAGAUGAGAGUUCGGCCAGCCAACUUCUCCGGGCCUGCUCAUCUCAAGAGACUGGUGGGGAAGUGCUUCAGCCUGGUGGACAGCAGCUAUAAAUAUGAGUUCUGUCCCUUCUCCAACGUGACCCAGCAUGAGCAAAGUUUGAGAUGGAAUCCAUACAGUGGAGUGCUGGGAGUGUAUCAGGAGUGGGAUAUCGAGAACAACAGAUUCACCGCCAUGAUUAUGAGGGAGGGUGAUGCUUGUGGUGAUAUUUUCAGAUCAGUCAAGGUGUUUUUCAAGUGUAGCAAUCACAGCCAGUUAACGACUGUGUCGGAGCCACACACUUGUCAGUACCACAUGGACUUCUUGACCCCCCUUGUCUGCCACAACCACUCCAUGCUGGUGUACCCCACCCUAGCACGGGAACUGAGGGCUGAGUGGGACAGGGUUGAGGGGGAGCUUGUCAGGGAGGAAAUUACUCAACAGGGCUACAAGAAAAAGUUAAGAAAAAUAUUUGAAGAUGCUGGAUAUUAUCUGUCAAAAGAAAACCAGAAAAUACUUUCUGAAACAGCAGAGAUUAAAAAGGAAGAACCUUUCAGGCCUACUGAGGAGCCAAAAGGAGAGUUCUCAUCUAUGCAAAAAUGUACCGAGGAAGUAGCCAAGUUACGAGAAGAGCUUGAACAGCUAAAGGAAGGGCUGCUAGUGCGAGGGAUCAAGGAGUUCCAGCUAAAAAAUAAUAUAAAAGGAUCACGACUACCGGCUGUGAGGCUCAAGUCACCAAUACCAGAUCUCCAAAAUGCCACUGCAGUACGGAAUGGAACUGAAAAAAAGUAAACAGGAUUCACAGUGAUCUCAAUUCAUCAACAUCAUACUCACCUUGUCUACUGAAAUCCAAGGUCAUCAAUCUGUCACCUGUGUUAUUUGUGUUGUGUUUGACAUUAGCAGAACAAGUCAUGUCUGUUACCUUGUUGUGCCAGAAUAGGCAUACAAGUUGGCUGGUAUUUUGAGAGGAAUAUGGAGUUGGUAAUGCUAUUCUAUAAUACUCAAAAAAGAGUUAGGGUCACUUGUUUCUUUUCUGUAGUUAAUCUCUCAUGCCAUGACAAUUAACUAUAGUAGUAUUGCAUGGUCAUUAACUCUUUUUAUGGUUUUAAUUUGUUGCUAAAUUAUUGUGUACUUUCCAGUUAUACUUGUUUAUGGUCUGUCAGUACAUUGAGAAUGUAGUGUGACAACCCAGUGGGUCGGGAUUGUGGGUAAGGUACCAGCUGUGGUUGUUAUGACAUGUCCAGACUUGAUUUAGUGUGCUGGUGCCAUCAAAUAGCGGAGAUAUUGCUGAGAGUGGCUUUAAUCAACUUCAGAUUUGCAGUGGAAAUGGUUUAUUCAUGUUCAUUUACACCUCACUAUAAUUAUUUUAAAUGACCAAAUUCAUAAUUGUAUGCACUGUACAUUGAGGCUUUAAAGCUACUUGCCAUCUUCUAUAUAUAUGCUUGUAUAUUUGCAAUGCAAAGUUUAUUGAUGUGAUGAGUCUUAAUUCGUUAUGGGACAUGAUGCAACUACUCCACAUUGAAAAGUCUGUUUGAAUAUCCUUAUGUCAUAAUGAAUAACCUAUUUACAUAAGAAAGAGAGUUUUAUGAAUGAUGACCACCUGAUGGAGUAAUGAUAUACUGUGAAAAAAGUUAUGUUCCUCAAAAUAAAGAAGUUGACAUCCGUCAAACUCUUUUUUAUGUGUAUCACUUCUAAAUGCCACUUAAAGACCUAACUUAUUUACAGACUGCCAAUGUAUAGCUGGAAUAUUGCUGAGUGUGGCGUUUAACAAUAACCAAACCAUAAUAAAUAACAUAAUAGGAGCAACUAUUUAAGUGUUCCACAUCAGAUGAAACUUAAUGGAUUCAACAAAUAAUUUCAUGUCUGAAUUAGUACCUCAAGUCAUGAAUCAAAUACAUGAUUACAUCCCAGUUUUUCGUAAGAAAGAAUGCUUGUUUGGAGUGACAGUAUUCCACAUUCAUCCAGGUGGGCACCUGUUACUUCAGAUGGUCCAACAUAUCAGUGAGGUUCUACUAUUGUUUUCAGACAUGGUAUACACAUAUUACUGUGGGAAUAAAUCUAUUAUUUACUGGG